AUACCCUUCCUUAGCAUGUCAGAGGAAAAUAUGCAAAUACUUCAAAAUGGAGGACUGAAAUGCAAAAUUUCUCAUCCCUAUGCUAUGCCCCGGCCAAUAGAGAGGAGGCUAUACUGCAUCGACAAAACCAACACCAAACUUGCAAGAUUCUCUCUUCAAGGCAUGGUCAAAGCACAGAAAACACCGAAGAUAAAACUGGCCUCCUACGCCGGUCACCAGGAAAUGCCGGUAAUAGGCAUGGGGACAGCGGCGGACCCCUUUGAUGAAGCCACAAUGAAGACGGCAGUCCUGGAGGCGAUCAAGGUUGGCUACAAGCACUUUGAUACUGCUCCACUGUACAGGUCAGAAAAAGCUCUGGGAGAAGCCAUAGCUGAAGCGCUUAGCCUUGGCCUUAUUGGCUCUCGAGACGAGCUCUUCAUUACUUCUAAGCUGUGGUGCUCCGAUGCUCACAGCGAUCUUGUUAUCCCUGCUCUAAACAAUUCCCUCAGGAAUCUUCAACUGGAGUAUUUAGACCUUUAUUUGAUCCACUGGCCCAUCAGUUGUAAGCCAGGAAGAUCAAUGUUCCCAAUUCCUAAGGACGAGCUUCUGCCAAUGGACUUCAAGUCUGUGUGGGCAGCCAUGGAAGAGUGCCAACAGCUUGGCCUCACAAAGGCCAUUGGAGUUUGCAACUUCUCUUGCAAGAAGCUUGAACACUUACUUGCCUUCGCAACUAUUCCUCCUGCAGUAAAUCAAGUGGAGAUGAGCCCUCUCUGGCAACAAAAGAAGCUCAGAGAGUUCUGCAAGGCCAAUGACAUCGUAGUGACUGCUUACUCUCCUCUAGGAGCAAAAGGGGCUCGCUGGGGCACCAGUUUCGUUAUGGACAAUGAAGUACUAAAUGAGAUUGCAAAGACUCGUGGCAAGACGGUUGCUCAGGUGUCUAUUCAGAACACAAACUGCAUCAUGUAUGUUGGUGAACUUUAUGAAUUGUAUUAUACAUGUGGGCAGGUUUGCCUGCGAUGGGUACACGAGCAAGGAACAAGUUUUAUAGUUAAGAGUUAUAGGAAAGGAAGACUGAAGGAGAACAUGGACAUAUUUGAUUGGGCACUAUUGGAAGAUGAUCAUGAGAGGAUCAAUCAAAUCCCACAACGAAGAUUACAGCCUAAAGAACAACUAGUUUCAGCAAAUGGACCAUACAAGUCCCUUGAAGAGCUAUGGGAUGGGGAGAUUUAACCUCAUGGUAAACUUGUGAACUUGUGUUGUAUGAUGCACUUGCUCCUUAACCAUUUCAAAUUUAAUCA